AUGAUGAACCACACUCCUGUACCUUCAACCCCUGCGGCUCCACCACAAUUAGACUUUAACCAAAUACCGGUGGAUGCCCUCGAAUCUAUCCGUAAUAGACUUAACCAAAUUCAUGUCUCCCUUCGAAAAUUAUCAGACCAAAUAAACGCCCAUAAUAGACACCCAACAAAGAUCAAGUUGCCAACAUUUACCCAUUUCCAAAAUCAAUUUCAAGUCCUCAUAACACAGCUAACAUCAAUUGCCAAUAUAUUGUAUAAUAACGAAGAGCUCCUUUUAAGAACAAAUGUUUAUCCUACAGUCAAUUUUCCUACAAGUCAACAUGAAGGGUUAUUAACUACAUUGUUAAGGAAGAAGGCACUUCCAGAAGUAGACGAAUGGAUCAACUCAUCAAUAACGACGAUCGAAGAAAUUCAAGAGAAGGGACCCGUGGAUUUCGAAAAGGAAGACGAAUACGUAGCAUGGAGUCUUAUGAAGAUGCAAGAACUUCGUGAUGAAUUUCAAUUUUAUGGUUUCCACACCGUAGAAGAAUUGGAGCACAUGGAGACCCCAGAAGGAAAAGCAGAAGCCAAAUUGAAAAAGGAGGAAGAAAAUGCCAGAGAAGAAGCUGAAAGCAAGAUAACACGCGGUGGAAAGAAGGGGUUGCAUCCUAAUCAAGUAAUGAAGUUUCUAUGUCAGGGACAAUUGUAA